AGAAGACGACGACGACGACGACGAAGGAAGUGACGACACGACGGGACACCAAGGAGUGUUGACAAAAUCCAGCCUGCCCCUGCUAGCCCGGUGGCAUGGUAUUGUGUUGACAUCUCGCCAGAGCAAUUGCGUUCGUGAUGAGUUCUCCAGAGGAUCGACAUGGGACAAAACGACCUGCAUCCCCAAGUCAAGAUGGCUCCACCGCGUGGGAAUCGGCGGAUCUGGGAAGCAACGAGAGGAAACAGAAGUUCUUGCGGCUGAUGGGUGCUGGCAAGAGAGAACCUACGGGACGCCUUGUUAUCGGUGAUCACAAGUCAACGUCCCACUUCCGAAGUGGGCAGGAAGACAAGAGGAUGAAUGAGCAGCUGGAGAGUCAGUACCACCAGGGCAUGGACGGGAAGCUGUCCGGCCGAAACCGGAGACACUGCGGUCUGGGCUUCAGCGAGCCUGAGCCGGACCUAGAGUCGCUUCCGGCCCCACCAGUGGACGGUCGGACAGAAGAAAGUGAGCCAGUGUCCAAGUCCGCCAGUGAAAAAGAAGCCACAGACGCCCAGGACGAGGGCUGCGACCCCAGCUCCAAGGAACAGAGCUCAGAGGAGGACGAGCCCAACUCUGACAGCAGUGACGAAGAACGGAAAAACGGCCACAAAAUGACCUUUGUGAAGUCGGCGUAGGGCCGAUGGGGAGGGGAAGAAAGUGUUUUUGUAAUCUCCGAUUUGUACAUUUUGACAUUAUUUGUUUAAGUGUCAGUACCCCCCCCCCCCUUUUUUUGUUCUUUUACUAUGUAGAAAUGAGCUCUCUACCCAAGUACUCACCUCUGGGCGAUGUCGUGAUGUGCAUGUUGUCAAGAAAUGAAUUAUUCAGGCUGAAAAACCAGCUUUUUGCUAUUUAGGGUGACAAAGUGUUGAGACGACAAACUGUCCGGGUUUUAUUUAGUUUGAACAUUUUAACAGUCACUUGUCGUUCGCGCUUGCCACAGAUUGUGUUGGAUGGAACGGGAUCGGCCUGUCAUCCAGAACCAUCGGUACACGCACGGUGAAGUCAUUUCUUUUUGUGAAAACCAAUAAAGGGAACGAGUCAUUUGUAA